AUUCCCUCCCUUCCUUAUUCUCCUUUCUACCCCCCUCCCUUCCUUCCCAUUUUCUCGCAUUUUCUCCUUUCUUUCUACCCCCCCUUCUCUUCCUUUCCCCCUCCUUCCUUCCUUCCCAUUCUCCCUUAUUCUCCUUUCUACCGGUCCUUUCUCUUCCCUUCCUUUCCCCCUCCUUCCUUCCUUCCCUUCCCUCCCUUCUUCUCCUUUCUACCCGUCCUUUCUCUUCCCUUCCUUUCCCCCUCCUUCCUUCCUUCCCAUUUCCUCCUUUCUUCUCCUUUCUACCCCCUCCUUCCUUCCCAUUUUCUCCCUUAUUCUCCUUUCUUUCUAUCCCUCCUUUCUCUUCCCUUCCCUUCCUUUCCCCUCCUUCCUUCCCAUUCUCCCUUAUUCUUUCUUUCUACCCCACCUUUCUUUUCCCUUCCUUUCCCCCUCCUUCCUUCCUUCCUUCCCAUUUCCUCCCUUCUUUUCUUAUUCUCCUUUCUACCCCCUCCCUCCCUUCCCAUUUCCUCCCUUAUUCUUUCUUUCUACCCCUUCCCUUUUCUCUUCCUUCCUCCCUCCCUCCCUCCAUCUCGCUGUCCAAAGCGACUCUAGGGGAGGUGCACUACAUUGUGCUCAAACACCACAAGUUCCUCCAGAUCACCCCGUCAUCCCUAAUUGACAGCAGCAGAUCACUUCCAAUCCCUAUUACGUUCUUCCCAUCAGAAUUAAACGAUGGGCGAAAUAUGCCUGCAACAGGAUCCGAGUGGAGUUCAGGAGUUCCAGAAGAUAGCUUUUCAAGUGAUGAUGGAGAGCAGGAUGAUGAAGUUGAUGAUACGCCUAAGACUCCAGAUACCAAAGUUAAAGAUGAAGAGGAAUCCAAAGAAACAGGAAACGCUGGAUGGGCUGAAGCCAUGGCCAAAGUGCUUAACAAAAAGGUUUCUAGUGAUAAGCCCACUAUCCUGUUGAAAAACAAGGAGCGGGAUGUAGAACGAAAAAAAGAAAAGCAAGAGAGAUUGGAGCAGAGGAAGAAGCUGAAUAAAAAGCGGGAAUGGGAAAUGAUGUGCCGAGUGAAACCAGAUGUUGUCAAAGACAGAGAAGUUGAGAGAAAUCUUCAGAGGAUUGCCACCAGGGGUGUAGUUCAGUUAUUCAAUGCGGUCCGGAAGCACCAAACCAAUGUGGAUGAGAAGAUAAAAGAAGCAGGCAGUUCUGAGAGGAAGCGAGCAAAAUUGAUCUCCUCGGUUUCCAAAAGAGACUUCAUCAGCGUCCUCCGAGGAAUGGAUGGAAAAGAAAUGGAACAAAACCCUGCUAGAAAGUCGUCAAACAGCCGUCAGAAUAAACCAAAAUCGGAAGACGCUCCAGCAUGGAGUAUAUUGCGAGACGAUUACAUGAUGGGAGCUUCAAUGAAAGACUGGGAUAAAGAAAGCGAAGAGGAGGACAAUGCUGGAGGAGACAGUGAUAUUAAGCAGGAGAUCGAAAGUGAUUCAGAUCGAUAAUAAUCAGAGUCAUCCAGAAAUCCAAGGGUAUUUUUGAUACUAUGUAGGGAUUGGGGCUUAAAGGACGCUGUUUUAUACAAAGACCGCUUUAAAGAACAUGAAAUUUCUUGAGUUGGGCAGCCAAUAAAUUUAACUAAAUAACAGUAACGAGUUCGCUAACUUCCUGUGGCAAUAUUGGGUCAAUUCAGCCAAUCAAAAUGCCAUUGCAUAGUUACGAUUAUUUGUAAGCUACCUGGAAUCCUAAACUCGAGGGGGUUGUACAUAUAUCUACAUGCUGUACCUUUGCAGUUAGGAAGAAGAUGGGUUUUGUAGUGGAAACUAGAUUGACGGCCCCAUUAGGCACCCAUCAUUAGAUCAGUCAUUUUACUUUGCAGGUUUAUUUGAGGUUUUACCGACUUAAUGUCUUUAUUUAUAUAUUGACUUAGUGAAAGCCUGAGAUCAUAAGAAGAUUUUGCUAAGAGUUGCUCUAUAAUGGCUCAGUCACACCUGCCUGGCACCAGUUAAAAGCAAAUUACUUCAAUUAGCUCAAUGAAGCAAGAGUAUUUCUUUCUUUCUUUUGUUUGUUUCUUACUUAGAAAACAGGUCAAAUAGACUACUUCUGUAAUAGGAGACGAGAUAUAUUUAUCCUUUUCCCUUAUUUAUAAAAGCAUCUGUUAAGUGCUGAUUUUCAUUCGAUUUAUUUCAAAUCUGAGAAACCCAGGGAGAAAACUUUCAUUUGUGGUGUCAGUGGAAAACAGAGGUUUUGAGGAAAUGUGCAAAUUUAGGAGAAUGAAUUCCAUGAUUCCUGCUGACUCAUUCCAUGGACUUAAGCAGCCAUUUGGCCUUUCAGAAGAAAAGUAUAACUAACAAAAAAGUUCUUUGUUAUAUAGGCUGCCUAUUUUGCCUUCUUUUCUGUGUAUACAAGUAUUCCUCUCCAGUUGUUAAGUGAGCCCAGUGUUCACAUGGCCCGGUUGCUGGAAACCAGAAAUAAAAAACAGUUUCCGGCAAAACUGUUGUAAACCAUGGUCAUGUGACCAUGAGGGCACUGCACACAGCUGUAAAUGUGGGCCAGUUGUUGUGCAACCAAAAUACAGUGUGACUACCAGUUGGGGCAACUUUAGAACUUUGAACAGUUCCUAAGCAAGCAGCUGUAAAUCAAGGGCUACUUGAAUAUACCUACAACUUGAAAGAAUAAUAUAUUGCUACAUCAAGAGCAAUAAUUGCUAUUGCUGAACUUAUGUUUUUUUAAUUAGUCCCUAAAAUUUGUCUUCUUAAUUCCCAUAAAUAUAACAUUACAAGUAAACAUAGUUAAUACUCCCCCUAAGCUGUGUCAGUAGAAUAUGGAAGUAGAUGCAGCCUUUCAAGUUUCAAUCCUAUAUUGUUGCCAUAUGAAUUAAUAUGUAUAGGCAGAGCAUAAUGUAUAAAUGAAAAAAAUGCAAGCAUUUGCUGUUCUUAAUGCAAAAUUCAUAUCUUGAGCAAACAGUUGUAAAGAACUGGACCCUAAUUCUGUCUUCUAUGAAAAAAAAACUGAGCAGAGGAAAAGACGCAAAUGUUUGUAUAUUGAACAGUAUUAUUUUUCUCUAAAAAAAUCAAUUCCUGACACAUUUCUGUGUCAAUCAAAAGUUAAGGGGAAUGCUAAAACUUUUACAAUAUUGUGAUUAUGAAAUUUUUAUCUGUUUUUGUCCCUUUCCUAUGAUUAAUGUGUGUAACCUGCCUAGAGUUACCUUGAUAUUUGGGGCUGCAAAAAAAUAAAUAAGAUGAAAUAUUAAAAGUGAUUAAACGUUGAUACACGUGAUUAAAAGUUUUAUCUUCUUUUCAGAUGUUUGGUCUGCUUCAUUAGGAAAAACUAGAUUGUAUUGUGUUAAAAUGGGGGUGAUGUAAAUUUGUAAAUGUAAAAUUUGAUGUAAAUUUUUUUAUUUGCAUUUUGUUUUUCAGCAGUUAGCAAUUAUUUUGUUUAGAGAAAGAACCGAGCAAUUUCCAAAAAGGGCACCUCUUUUCCCUACCCCAAAAAACCCCAAAACUUGAAGAAAACAUUAAAAUAGCUGAGGAAAAAAAAACACAUCCAGCUUUUGACCCCUUAAAAGAGAAAGUUCCUUUGAUUCUCCCUCAGUGACCUUCAUAGGUCAUAGUCUUUUAAUACGUUAGAUUUCACUUGACUUGUCCUUAAUUAAUUCCAAUAAUUUAACUGGAUUAGACCAUUGAAAGAAAAAUGGAAUAAUAAAAUUUUAAUCAGACCAGAUUUUGGCCUUUUUAAAGGGAAGAUAACAGUGAUGCAAAGCUGUUAAACUUACAUCUUACUCCUGAAUAUGCAGUUUGUAGGGGGAGGUGUUUCUAGUUCUGAGUAGGACAUCUGUCAACAUACCGUAAUUUAAAUUUGAAUGAUUAUUUCCUUCCUUUAAUGUUGGAAAACCAACUUUUCGUAUGAGGCUCUUCUGAUGAAAGACGCAUUUCCACAUGUAUUUGAUUUUUAAAAAAAUAUUAAGCUCAUAA